AUGUCGAGGAAAAUGAAAGAUCCAGGUAGUUUUACUAUUCCUUGUAACAUUAGUGAAUUGGUGAAUGGGAAAGCCAUAGUGGACCUAGGAGUUAGCAUUAACAUCAUGCCAUUUACCAUGUUUAGAAAACUAGGACUUAGUGAUCUCAAGCCUACUAGGAUGAUACUACAAUUAGCGGAUAGGUUAAUUAGUCAUCCUAGGGGUAUCAUAAAGGACAUCUUGGUAAAAGUUGACAAAUUUAUCUUUCUGGUAGAUGUUGUUAUUUUACACAUUGAUGAGGAUGUUGAUGUGCCACUCAUCUUAGGUCUGCCAUUUCUAGCCACUUCCCAAGUCCUUUUUGAUAUUAGCAAUGGUAGAAUGGUUCUUGGAGUUGGGGAUGAGAAAGUUGUUUUUGCUUUAUCUGAUGCCAUGAAACAUUCUCUUGCUUUUGAUGACACUUGCUAUUUUAUGGAUAUGACUGAAUCUAUUUUUGAUGAUUUUGUGAAGGACAUGCUACAUAAGGAGCCUUUAAAGGAGUUAUUUGAUGACCCUCAAGACAAGGAGACACCCCUUUUGCUUACAACACAUAAAGUUGAGGAAUGA